AUGCCUAUAAAAGGAUACCUCGCCCCGCUGAUCGUCCAGCCCCUUCAUGAGAAACACACGCAUACAAUAAUUGCACUUCAUGGCAGAGGUAGCAACGCCGGUCGCUUUGGUCCCACACUUCUAGAGGCCGCAGACCUACAGGUUAGGCUUCCGACCGUGAAAUUUGUUUUCCCCACAGCAUCCAAGAGAAGGUCGACAGUCCUCAAGAGGAUCCCUAUCAACCAGUGGUUUGACAACUAUUCCCUCGUCGACCCUGGCGAACGAACCGAGUUACAGAUUGAGGGUCUGCAAGAGACGUCCGAGAUCAUUCGUGGGUUGAUUGAUGAAGAGGCUGCACUUCUAGGGGACAAGGCCUAUGGCAAGAUAAUCUUGUUGGGCCUCAGCCAGGGGUGCGCUGCGGGUGGUUUCACCCUCCUAGGAGGCUUCAGUGACACUAAGAGAGAGGCGAUCGGGGCUUUCGUUGGAAUGAGUGGGUGGUUGCCGUUUGAGAAUGAGCUGCAGCAGAUUAUUCAGAUUGAUCAACUUCCAAGCUCACCUCAACAUGCCAAUUCAAUUGCGCCACCACAGACAAAUCUGGAUAGCUCGGAUGAUUCGGAAGACUUGAUCAACGCGAAUGAUGAAUCGAGCGCCGAGAGUUAUUCAGGCGAAGAGGAUCUAGUCUCGGUCGGCGAACUCGAAACAGAAUCCGAAAAUGAAGAUCCAUUCGGCCAGAGUCUCGAUGUAAACGAUGACUUCAAUCCUUUUGAGGAAGAUGAGGAGGAGGAGAGGCCACCCUUAAUUAUCCAAACAAUUGACCAUAUCCGGGGUAUUUUGGAUCUCCCCUUACUGGAACCUGCUUGGCGUCUCUCAACCGACAGCAAGUCGUCAUUCAUGAUUCCUCAACUCCGGACACCUGUGUUCAUGGGUCACGGCACCGAAGAUCCCAAGGUAUCAGUGCUGUUGGGCAGGAAAAUGUCAAAUUUCCUCUCGACUGGUCUCGGGAUGAAUGUCACAUGGAAAUCAUACGACGGACUGGGGCAUUGGUAUCGAGUUGAAGAUGAGCUGGAGGAUAUUAUUGACUUUCUCCGACGCCAUGUCGGUCUAACAGCUUUCCCGAGACCAUCUUUAGGUCACAACGAGGAUUUUAGCGAGAACUAG